CCAUUCCUCCUUCCCUCCCUCCUUUUGAGCCUGCCUCCAGUAAGUGCCCUAGCCACACCUCCUUUGACCCUGACCACUCCCCCUAGUCCCUCCUCCUGCUCCCUGUGCCUGGAACAUGCUGUAGCUCAGACAGCACAGCAGACACAGCAGAGCCACAGAGACGCCGCCACACACUCAGCACCGGUAGACAUGGGCCAGAUCAUCAGCUGGAUCCGCAGCACACAGGACCAAGUGGGCCUGCAGGAUGUCGCUGUAGAGCAACAGGUGCCGCUUACUGGAUAUAAUCGCAUUGAGUCUCAGCACGUCACACCCACCUCCACAUCUCAGGUCUCCUCAGCGAAACCUGCACAAUAUGAGAAAGGACCUAUGCAAUCCUCUACUGCAUCUGCAGCUGUUAAACCCGGCACCAGCCCUGCAACCCCAGCAGCUUCUUCAGUAGCUCCAUCUACUGUGGGAGCUGCAGGCGUUGGAGGCUCUACCACCACUCAGAAAGCACCUUCUCAAGUCACGCCACAGGCCACAGUCUCUAAACCCACACCUGCGUCUUCUGCUAAAGUCCCAACUGCGAGCUCCGCUACUGUACCUGCUGGAACGACAGGUGGAACAGGAGUGAAGCCCACAGACCCUGUGAAAGACAAGGCCCAGAGUACAACCGUUCCUUCAUCCAAACCGGGACCUGCUAAAGUGGAUCCGGCUGUUGGGAAGCCCUCAGCCACUGCUGGUGCCCAAAAGCAAACAAGCGCCCAAAAGGUGCAAGUGGAAGUGGGUCCUCCAGGAACUAAAGUCAGUACGGAGGAUGUAGAUCCGUUUGAGGCCCUGUCUGGCACUUUACCAUCAUCAAAACCUCUUGCUCCUAAAGUCCCAACAUACACUGGACCAGAGGUCAAAGAGCUAAAUGUAAAACCAGAGACUGGUGUUUUGUGUGGUGUGAGAGAUGACACACUUCCGCCCGGAUACAGAAAGGAAGACAUGGAAAAGAAAAAACCUACUGGAGUUCCUGAGAAGCCUAAAGAUGUUCCCAAGCCUAUGAGCACAGACGAUGCGCUGGAGUCCCUCUCGGUUGGGUUUGUGUCUUCAGCUCCAACUAUUCCUAAGAAGACAGAUGUGAAAACUGAAACAAUAGGAGCAGUCGAUGUGCGUUCGGCUGGCAUCUCCAACUUUGCUCCCCCUCCACCCUAUCAGCCGAAACAACAGGCGACGUCUCAACCUGCUACUGUAACCAAGUCCCCUGCUCCACCGGCUGACAAGAAAGCCAAACUAGAUAUCCACACACAACCCACUAAACCAAAGACAGAUGAGUCAGACGGCUCCAUGUCGCUGGACGCUCUCAGCGCUUUGGGCGACACACUGGGCGCUCCAGAACCACCCAAAAAAUUGCCUGAACUCAAACCUGGGCAGAUAGUUGAUGAGAAGAAACUGACAUCCGAGAAGGGUGUUCGUGUCGGGGAGAGAGACGACACACUCCCACCAGAUUACAGAUUCUCAGAGGAAGAUCUCAAGAAAUAUCCCCUUCCUAAAAAAGAGCCCUCACUGAACACAGAUGACGCACUGGACAUGCUUUCUGAAGGUUUCACAGCCCCUGCGGCAGCACCUGUUGUUAAGGCCUCUGUUCCUCCUGCACAGGAAAAGAAGAAACCUGAUGCGGUUUCUGAGAAGACUAAAGAUGUUCCUAAGGAAACAAAGAAGCCUGCUCCGGUUCCUGAGAAGACUAAAGACGUUCCCAAGCAUAAAGUGGAUGAAUUAUCAGCACUGGAUGCUCUGGCUGGUGACUUCGUGGCUCCUCCAAAGUCUGCUUCUAAGGUUUCUUCGGCUGCUCCUAUCCCUCCAGGCCCUCCGCAAAGACCACAGAUAGACGAGGACCCUUUCAGUGCUCUGGGUGACACACUGGGUGCACCAGAACCACCAAAAAAACUACCUGAACUCAAACCUGGGGACAUUGUUCAUGAGAAGAAACUGACAUCCGAGAAGGGUGUUCGUGUCGGGGAGAGAGACGACACACUCCCACCAGAUUACAGAUUCUCCGAGGAAGAGCUCAAGAAAUAUCCUGCUCCUGCGAAAGAGCCUUCUCUAGACACUACUGAUGCUCUGGAUAUUCUGUCUGGUGAUUUUACCACUCCCACUGUCCCAUCUGCUGCCAAGACCCCUGUUUGUUCUUCCUCUAAGACUCCUGUUAAGCCUUCAGGUUCAGAUUCAGAUUUUGCUUUAGAUGCUCUUGCUGGUGAUUUUGUCGCUCCUUCUUCUGCAUCUAAAGUUCAGUCUGCUGUCUCUGGCCCUCCACAAGCUGGCAGACAGUUAUCAGAAAGUACCUCAUCAGCUUUGGAUGCCCUCUCAGACACUCUGGGAGACAUAAAAGCAGCCCCUGAGCCUGCCCCCGUCCCGCCUAAAGCCAUCGUUAAGGAAAAGGAUAUAAAGGAGGAGAAAGUGAGUAAACCAGGUGAGAGAGACGACACCCUUCCACCAGAUCAUAGGUUCAGAGAGGAAGGCCGCAAGUCUUCUCCACAGGCAUUUACAGCAGCAAAGCCGAAAGACGUCAAACCAAAGCAGACAUUAAUCGAUGACACAACGGCCCUUGACAUGCUGUCUAGUGAUUUUUCUGCAGUACCGACCAUUAAGCCCUCUGCACCUGAUGCCCGACACUUCACCCCUGAACCAACACCGCCAACCCAUAAGGCAUCAGGUCCAGUUUUGGAUCAGAUGGCAGGCAAAUUGAUUCCCAACCUGACCGACCCCAAAGCCAAAGACAGCAAACCAAAGGCAAAGGGGGUCAAACCAAAGUCUAAGCCAAAGAAACAGUCAGUAGAAGAUUCUUCAGCCAUGAAUCAGCUGCCCGGUAAAGUGAGCUCAGAUGUGGUGCCUUCAUCUUCCACGAAGGGCGGAAACAGAUAGAUUGCAGAUUUAUGGUGCGUCUCCUCAUCCCUAACACAAGAAACCAUUAAAGGGAGCUGCUCGGACAAGCAAUAUAUUUUAUGGUGGACACGGAAUAAAAUGAAAAAAAAUAUAUAACUGCACAGAGACACUUAAACAUGUAU